UAUUCGCUCCGCGAAGUCGCGCAUAGUCUGGACGGGGCUAUAUGGUAGGGCUGUCAGCUAUAAAUAAUAGUUCGAAAUCUCUCCAGAGUAGCGCUAGAGUAGCUAAGAACCUAGGCGUUAUUGACGGAGUGAAGUGUGCUGUCUAUGAUUUGUUUUUUUUUGUUCAAGUAUUCUAGGUAUUGUUGCGCCACCUAUUUAAGGUUUUUUGAUGACACUUUUGGUACAUGGAGAUUCCAUUCCUUACCUCCACCUUCCUCACAUCUAAUGUUUUUCCUUUGUGUUUUUCUUCCAACAGGCUGACGCAACGCAACUAGGAACAAAAAAAGUUUUGUACUAUUUUGUACGGAGUUUGUUUCGCAGAUCAUUGUUAACGAAGAAAAAGAAAACGUCAGUGCUAUUUAUUCUGUCAAGUUUACAUCCAGUCAACUGUCAGCCUAAUUGUAUGAAGGCUUGAAUGUUUUGUUCGGGUAUUUCGUUCAAUUUCUUUUUUAAUUAGUGAAAUAAUCGAGCGAGCGAGUUUCUUACAAUGCCAUCGAGGAAACGGUUUACGAAGUGUGAAAUAUGUGGCAAGCGAGCCACUCGAGAAAAUCACGAAAAAAGGGCUUUUAUGGCGAAAUUUCCCUUGGAUGAAGACCGAUGCAGGCAGUGGGUCAAAUUUGUUGGGAAUGAAGACCUGAUACAUCUUCCUAUAGAAAAGCUACAUUUAUUGAAGCACGUAUGUGCAGAUCAUUUUGAAAAUAGAGAUUUUAAUAAAAUAAAAUCUCGACUUAAAAAGUCUGCCAUACCUUCAAAAAAUUUAAAAGCUGUUCCACUUCCUGAUGAAAUGCUGCUUGAUUUUCCUAGUCAUGUUUAUUCAAACAUUGGCAUUGCCACGAAUCAAAACCCUCGGGCGAUAUGUGACAAUGAAGUUUCACUAUCCCAAGUAGAGGCCAUUGCUGGACCUAGUAACUCAGAACCACGGAAUGUUGAUGACUUGGAAAUUUCGCAGUCUAGUCAGCCAAACAGUAGUGAACAAGCCUCUACCUCAAACUUCCAACAUGUUUCUAAUAAAGCACCACAGCAGGCUACAUUACCAUUAUCUAAUACAGAAGUAAUAACCCAUCGUUUUCCAAAUCCUGACAAGUAUCCAGAACAAUUCAAAUCAUGGGUUACUCUUGCAGGAGGCAAGUUGGAAAAAUCAUCAGAUUAUAAAUACUACAAGACCAGGAUCAUGUGUGAUAAACAUUUCAAGGAUACAGACAAAAACCGCAAUAACCGGUUAAAAAGAAUAGCUGUGCCUUCACUCUUUCUAACUGCCUCGAUUGGUACAAAUAAGACGACUGCUACUCUUUCUCUCGAAAGAUCUCUAGCGAAAUUGCAGACUGAGGUUCACUCCGACCAUCCGUAUUGUAAGGAAAAAUCACUGCAAUCGCCAUUUGACGUACAACCUGCAAUAAAAGAUGAUUCUAGCAAAAUAGACUGUGAUGUUAUGGAGACUGGUGAUCCGGAUACAGAUGCAGAUGCAUUUGAUGAUGAGUUGUCGCCCUCGCCUGUACCAGAGAUUGCCAAGACACACGAAAAAGUUUUCUCGUGGCAGAGAACAGAGUUGAUAGAAGCAGAUGUUCCCGAAGACCCGACACCGGUGCCCGAGAAACCAAAAUUGCCUGACGACGUCCAGACGCUGUCUUUGUUCUGUGACGACGAACUGCCCAUACAAUCCGAGCCGAGUGUACCAGCUGCAGCAGUUACUGAAGAUUUCAAACCCCGGUGUAAGGAUUGUUCAGCAGCCAUUGACGGGUUCUCGUUCUGGUGCGUGCAGUGCCCGCGCGGCGCGCUGUGCGGCGCGUGCGCGGGGAGCGCGGCGCACCGCGCGCACUACGUGCUGCGCCCGCCGCGGGGCGCCGCGCAGAACCAAACGCAGGCAGUGCUGGCAGUUAUACGACAACAACUGGUGAUGGAAAACUUGUUAACACUGUACGAGACUGAUGGAGAUGGUGUGAAAAUGGAAGUAAAACAAGAGCCAGAGGAGCCCUCGCCACUGGCCGCGCCCGCCUCCCCCGACCCGCUCGCAGUGGCGCCCCACCCUGACCCGCUCACCGUGGGGCCCCACCCCGACCCGCUCACCGUGGGGCCCCACCCCGACCCGCUCACCGUGGAGGUGGAGCCCUACCCCGAUGCCCCGAUCAAAAAGUGUGUUGACGAGGAAACAGACCACCAUAAUUACAAGCGUUUUCAGCGCAUCGUCUCCCCAACGCUCAUACCAAACUCCACAAUUAAAGUAAAAUACGAUUUCCAACAGAAAAUCUUAAAGGUUCCACCUAAUGUUCUGAGAGGAUCCAAAACAAUCCAUACACUUAGUCCUGGCGAUUUAAGAUCAACAGAUAUCAUACAGGCCACUACUAGCGAUUUCAGAGGGUCUCAACAAAAACAUGAUCCAUCUGUACUUAAAUCCCAAAGAGUUCACAUACUUACUCCUAGCCAUCUCAGAUCUCGAGGUGUCAAACUGGUCCCUUCUGGCAAAACCAGAAAAUCGCAAGUUCUGAUUACCGCUGCCAGCAAUCUCAGAUCACGAUCUUUAAACGUUCCAAUAAGAUCGCAAACAGUUCGGACACUUACUACUGGCGACCUCAAAUCAGGUGUCAUUCAGGCCACUACUAGCAAUUCCAGAGUUUCGCAAGAUGUUAGAAAUAGACCUAUCAGAGAACCAAGUGAAGUGAUGCUGCGAACGGUGACUUCGGAAGCCGCGGUGCAGCUGCAGCCGCUUACGUCAUCAGAUAUAAGAAAGUGGUCGGCCGACAGGAAAAGGCGAAAAAUAGACUGAAGUAAACAUUAAGAAUUUAAA